AUGCGCACGAGACGCCCUGUUCUGCUGCUACUAGCCUUAGUUCUGACCGUCGUGCUAUACAUCAGCCUCCGUGGCACGAGUCAAGACGUUCGGCACACAAGCGCAGACAUCAGCCGAUCUAGCAAGGUCAAGAAUAAUGCCUACGUGAUAUUCCUCUCCUCAGACGUCGUGGACGAAGCUGAGGAUCAAGACCUAGAAGACGAUACAUAUUGGAUCGCCGCUCGAAUCCUAGUCUACCAAUUACUCUAUGCCCCUGAGACCCGUACACGCCGCAACUAUGAAGUUGUAGUAGCAACAACGCCCACCGUCUCCACUGCGAAACGCCAGCGCCUCCGUCAAGAUGGAGCCAAAGUCGUUGAAAUCGAAGACGUCGAUGCCGGCUGGGUCCAGACCAACCAAACAAAUUGGAAAAGUGUAAUGGCGAAAUUCCGACUCUGGCAAAUGAUCCAGUACGAACGCGUCAUGCUCCUCGAUGCUGAUAUCGUAUUGCAAGACUGCAUGGACGCAGCAUUCGAUGAGGAAGCCGUACGAACAAGGCGCACGAUCGUGCCCGCAGAUUACAAGCCAAUGAAGAAUGAAGCAGUUUUGCCAAACGACUAUGCGUUCGCAGCGACUGCACGAUUAAAUAUCAAUGGCUUCAACUACCCACCCCUCAGCAAAGACGAUUUCAUGGAGAAUGGCGACGCAUUGAAUGCAGGUUUCAUCAUCCUCAAACCCGAUCAGGCCAUGUUUGAAUACUAUACCUCGCUCACGCGGGUCGAUCGGUAUCUACCUAAUGGAGAGCAACUUUUUGAGAGAAUUUGGUCAGAGCAGGCGCUUUUAAAUUAUACGCACCGACGCGAUGGGCCUAUGCCGUGGGGAGAACUUGAUCCGACUUGGAUGUUGUUGGUGCCGAGGGUAGAGCAUAUUGUGAAGGGAAAGCCGAAGGCGCUGCAUCAGAAAUGGUGGAAGCCUAUGUCGCAUGGUAUUGGGCCUUGGUUGUUGCCGUGGAAGGGGAGGAUGGAUGGAUUUUGGGAAGGGAGGGAGUAUGCCAAACGCAAAGGAUAG